CGGCUGGGCCAGGGCCCGCCCCCGGCCGCGGAAUCUGGACAGUUUUUUGGUGCGACGCCAGGAGACGGACCGUGCUGGCCCCCCGGCACCGAGCGCCCCCCUUUGCCAAAGCGCCAGCUCUGGCGAACCGCUCGGCCCCGGCAUGGAGCCCUCCUCCUCCUCGGUAGCGAGCUACUUGUUAUUGCACUUGUUUGUUCUCUGCUUACAAGCUCAGGUAACUGUUCAGUCCCCACCUAAUUUUACACAGCAUGUGAGGGAGCAGAGCCUGGUGACGGAUCAGCUCAGCCGACGGCUCGUCCGCACCUACCAGCUGUACAGCCGGACCAGCGGGAAGCAUGUGCAAGUUCUGGAGAACAAGAAAAUCAAUGCCAUGGCAGAGGACGGAGACGCUCAUGCCAAGCUCAUUGUGGAGACGGACACGUUCGGGAGCCGCGUGCGCAUCAAAGGGGCCGAGACCGGGUUCUACAUCUGCAUGAACAAGAAGGGGAAGCUGAUUGGCAAGAGCAACGGCAAAGGCAAGGACUGCGUCUUCACCGAGAUCGUGCUGGAGAACAACUACACGGCGCUGCAGAACGCCAAGUACGAGGGCUGGUACAUGGCCUUCACCCGCAAGGGCCGGCCCCGCAAGGGCUCCAAGACGCGGCAGCACCAGCGCGAGGUGCACUUCAUGAAGCGGCUCCCCAAGGGCCACCAGACCACCGAGCCCCACAGACGCUUUGAGUUCCUCAACUACCCCUUCCAGCAGCCUGCAGGGCCCCUGACCUGCCCCGCCCCCUGCCUCCCAGGCCCCGCCCUCUUGUCCUCUACGUAGCCAUGGGCUGGACUCUGACUAGAGACUUUUUUUUAUACGGUUAUUAAAAAAGAGAAGGAAAAAAAGGGAGGAAAAAAAUGACCCGAUCUAGUUGUUUAUAAUUCUUGUUUGGUUUUGUUUUUACACGAAAAGCAAAGAGGCUCUAUUUUUGUACUCCAGCGCGGAAAGCGAAACGUUCAAAGACUCGUGAAUGGGGAAAGGCCCUUCACUUAGACUCAUCCUAGUCCGUUCGGGGUUGUGUUUUAUUUUUGUAGCUCUAGGGUAAGGGGGCAAAACCUUGUUUUCAAGCAAACAACCACAACAAAAGGCCACCCCAAUCUGGGACCAAGUACGACUUCUACUAAAGGGAUGGAGGCUUAUUUGAAAAGGUGGGGAAAGGGAAAUACAAAGGCAGGAUCUGAAGACUAGGAGCCAUGACUCCUGGCUUCUUUUCCCAGCUUUCUUCAGAGGCCUGUUGGGUUUCUGGUGGUAAUUGGGUUGCCUCUUUCUUUCCACGAUCAAUCUAUUUCUCUGGCUGGGCAAGGGGCGAUUUGAUGCUGUUUUGAUCCCAAAACAUUGCCUCUUUCCCCGCACCUCAUCUUUCUGAAGGCAGCCGGAGCGGAUGUCCCUAGACAAGACCCUGAAUAGAGAGGAUCCUCUGUUAAUAAAAGGGACCAGAACCGGAGAGGGCUGGGGAACGGAGGGGUUCGUCCCCAGGAACGGAGGGGUUCGGAGGGGUUCGUCCCCAGGAACGGAGGGGUUCGGAGGGGUUCGUCCCCAGGAACGAUUUGGCCUCUUCAUUGAAAACUGAUUUUUUUCCCCCAGUUGUUGGCAACUGAAAACAUUUUUGGUUUUAAAAAAAUUUCCCAAACUCCCCAAAAUGUUCGCAGUUCCUGGCUGAUUUUUUUUUUAAAUGUUCCAUUCUCAGGCCAGAUUUUUCAGGUUCUAGACCAGCCGCACAAAGCUGAAAUUGUUUUCAGUGUCCCAUUUCAUUGCGUCAAGUUCCCUCAUAUAUUGAUGGAGGAUCGACAGGGAAAAUGACCAGUCCUCCUGGCUCCAAAUCCCUGCCUUGAGGUCUCUGCAAAGGGGUCCAGGAAGAUGGUUGUGAAUGGGGAGGAAGAUCUCAGACACUGGAUGGCAGCCAGAACCUAGGGUGGCUUUUCAGCCGAUCCUGUGGGUUGUUUGUUUAUUUCCUGGGGGAUUUCUUGUGGCUGUGUACAAAUUGAAUAUGAAAUGAUGGAAAUAUUUAUUUAAUGUGCAUUAAAAUUGGUAUUAGUCUGAACCAGCCUGUAUGUU